CCUAAGCACACACUCUGCAGACAGGUAGAGUGUGACAGCAUCACAGAUUGUCAGAGAGUGGAUAGAGAGCAGAUAGACAGCCUGAGGCUCCUUGGUUUGGACAGAGAGCAGACAGACAGCCUGAGGCUCCUUGGUUUGGACAGAGAGCAGACAGACAGCCUGAGGCUCCUUGGUUUGGACAGAGAGCAGACAGACAGCCUGAGGCUCCUUGGUUUGGACAGAGAGCAGACAGACAGCCUGAGGCUCCUUUGGACAGCUUGCCUCACUGCUCCAGACAGGCACCACAUCUGAUUGGAUGGUUUAGUCAGAAUGACAGCCGAAGAUCCCGCCUCCUCCUCUUCAGCCAUGAGUAAUAACCCAGCGCCUUCCGGUUCCAACCCCCCAGGCCCUUCCCAUCACUCCCCGCAUGGACCAAUCACAGUGCCCGAGGGUGUGUCCGGGGCCCACAACGAAGCGGCCCUAGUGUCUCUGAUGGAGCGUACGGGGUACGGCAUGGUGCAGGAGAACGGUCAGAGGAAAUGGCCCCCACCGGGCUGGGAAUCCGCCUCCCCGCCACGCGGCUGUGAGAUCUUCGUGGGUAAGAUCCCCCGGGACGUCUACGAAGACGAGCUGGUCCCGGUGUUCGCGUCGGCGGGUCAGAUCUACGAGAUGCGUCUGAUGAUGGACUUUGACGGUAAGAACCGCGGCUACGCCUUCGUCAUGUACACACAGAAACACCAGGCCAAACGCGCCGUGCGGGAGCUCAACAACUACGAGGUGCGUCCCGGACGCCUCCUAGGGGUCUGCUGCUCCGUGGACAACUGUCGCCUCUUCAUCGGGGGCAUCCCCAAAACCAAGAAGAGAGAGGAGAUCCUGGAGGAGGUUUCCAAGGUGACGGAGGGCGUCCUGGACGUCAUAGUGUACGCCAGCGCGGCGGACAAGAUGAAGAACCGGGGCUUUGCCUUCGUGGAGUACGAGAGUCACCGUGCCGCGGCCAUGGCGCGCAGGAAGCUGAUGCCCGGCAGGAUCCAACUGUGGGGGCACCAGAUCGCCGUGGACUGGGCGGAGCCGGAGAUAGACGUGGACGAGGACGUCAUGGAGACCGUGAAGAUUCUAUACGUCAGGAACCUGAUGAUGGAGACCAGCGAGGACACACUGAGACAGGUGUUUGGCCAGUGGAACCAGGGCUGCGUGGAACGUGUCAAGAAGAUCCGCGACUACGCCUUCGUCCACUUCUCGUCCCGUGACGAUGCCGUGGUUGCCAUGGACCACCUGAACGGGACGGAGGUGGAGGGGUCCUGUAUCGAGGUCACCCUGGCUAAGCCUGUCGACAAGGAGCAGUACACGCGUUACCAGAAGGCAUCUAAAGGGGGCGCUACAGCGGCCGCGGCAGCUCCGGAACCAGUCCAGCAGAACUACGUGUACCAGUGUGACCCCUACACCCUCACCUACUAUGGGUACCCUUACAACACGCUGAUCGGACCCAACAGGGACUACUUCAUCAAAGCAGGUGCUGUGCGAGGUCGUGGCCGAGCGACGGCAGGUAGCCGUGCCCCCGGCCCCCGGGGGUCAUACCUGGGUGGUUACUCUGCUGGGCGGGGUAUCUACAGCCGGUACCAUGAAGGCAAAGCCAAGUGCCCCGACAACAAGGCCUACGAGCUGGUACCCUCUAUGGAGCUGACUGCCUCAGUCAACCCGUUGGGCAUCAAGCCUUGCACAAUGGGCCUGCAGGCUCUAGGAGGCCAGUACCCGGUGUUCCAGGGAGCCAAGCUGAUGGAGGAAGGGAAAAUGCAUCACUCUGUGGAGCACCUCAUUAACCCCCUGGUCCUGCAGCACGACCACACAGCCCAGAACACACAGCCUGUUAUACCUGCUGUACACACACAGACUGUUAUACCUGCUGUCUCCUCCCCUCCACCCUACCAGGGUCGUCCCAUCACACCAGUGUACACCAUGACCCACAACAUGCAGCGUAUGCCCACGGCCAGUGGUCUGUACGGAGCAGGCUAUAUGCCCAUCACCAACUACAACGCUGCUGCCCUGGCAGCCCUGCAGAAGAACGCAGCCAUGGCCGCUGCAGCCUACGGAGGGUACGCGGGUUACGCCAUGCCCCAGGCCUUCCCUGCCGCAGCGUUUCAGGUGCCCAUCCACGACGUCUACCAGACCUACUGA